AUGGUUACUGGUGGGGCCCACCUGGAAGAUGGAGACAGGCACCCCUUGUCGGCUACUAGAGGAGGAGGAGGAGGAGGAGCCACCACGGGGUCUUGGGUGUCUGGCCAAUCGGUGUCAACCAGCGGCAGUGUGGGGUCUCCAUCCAGCAGGAGCGAGCAUGCCAUGGCCACUCCUGCCAGUGACAACACUUUUUUAAGGUUGAACCAUCUCGACAUUCACGCCGAUGAUGCUGCGACUCAAGAUGCCGCUGCUAAUAAGAAGAAAAAGAGAGGUCAACGGGCAGUUGGAGCUGAUAAGAGUGGUAGAGGACUUCGUCAAUUUAGUAUGAAAGUUUGUGAAAAGGUGGAAUCCAAAGGAACAACCACAUACAAUGAGGUAGCAGAUGAACUUGUCGCAGAGUUUGCUGACCCUAGCAAUAGUGUUUCUACCCCAGAUCAGCAGCAGUAUGAUGAGAAAAACAUACGGCGGAGGGUUGAUAUUGAAGAAUUAAAGGCUGAGCGUCUUGGAUUGAGAAAUAGGAUUGAAAAGAAAGCUGCCUAUUUGCAAGAACUGGAGGAACAAUUCGUUGGUCUUCAGAACCUGAUACAGCGAAAUGAACAACUGUACAGCUCAGGAAAUGCUCCUAAUGGCGGUGUGUCAUUGCCUUUUAUUCUGGUGCAGACACGCCCUCAUGCAACUGUUGAAGUGGAGAUAUCAGAAGAUAUGCAGCUUGUUCACUUUGAUUUCAAUAGCACUCCUUUUGAGCUCCAUGAUGAUAAUUAUGUUCUCAAGGCAAUGAAAUUUUGCGAGAGACCCCAGAGUGAUGAUAUGGCACCCAAUCCAGCUGCUGAUGGAGGUGAGGGUUCUAGCAUGUCCAACAUCUAUCAACCACAAAUCCUUACUUCCCCACGGACAAACACCCCAGUUCGGCCACCUACCUCUCCUCCUCUUCCUGGAAUCAUAAAAGCACGUGUUAAGCAUGAGCAUUGA